CGUGAGCGACGUCGCUUUUCGAAGUAGUGCGAGCGCAGUGUGAAGACAGAAGAGAGAUGUAGAAACAUGAAAGUAGCGGACUGCGCUACUGACCGAAGGACAGACAAUCUGCUGUAAGCUACCAUUUCAAAGUUAAGGCAAUAAGAAGUUACAAAGAUGGACUGACACAUGCAGACACACAAUGAUUUAGAGCUCCACGCACACACAUACACACACACAGACUCUUGCUUAAAAUACCACAUGCAAAGGCACACACAUUAACACACUGGAAGCCUUUGCCAUGUCUGGAGCCACUGAUCACAGCAGGAGACGGCGUCCCCCGAAGAUGUACAUGGUGGAGUCUGAGCACAAGGUUCAGGACCAGCUGGAAGGUGCCAUUCGGCUGCCGCGGGGGAGUCUGUGUCAGGUGCAGGAAGGCGGAAGGGGGGAGCAGCUGUGGGUGAAGGUGCUGGACUCUGGCUCUGUGGUGAAGAUUGACAGGCAGGUGCUGCUGGAGGUGCCGGCUGACCUGGCCAGCAUUUUGGAGCCUAUGUCAGACCCAGAGUCCCGCUUCCAGAUGUUUUACAAACCCCAGCAGCUGCAGCGGUUAGCUAAUCUACCAUUGGGGGCGGAGUUAUGGGUGAAGCUGGGCCAAUCAGAAGAGCUUGCAGAGGGGGUUCUGCGGUACCGAGGGAAUCUGAGGAGUGGCAGCAAUGCAGUGUAUUUUGGAGUUCAGUUGAAGGGCCGGGCUAUGGGCAAAGGGAACAGCAAUGGCUCCCAUAAAGGUCAGCAGUUCUUCCAGUGCCCCGAGGCGUGCGCCGUCUUUGUGGCGGCCAAUCGGCUGGCGCUGCCGCCCCGGGCUAGCAGUUCCGGCAAAGAGGCAGCCGGUUAUCACAGCUACAGCCAGACCGCCAUGCUGCCCCGCACGGCUGACUCCGCCCCUGCAGUGGGGCAGAGGGUGUGCUUCCCCAUGGGGGAGGGGCUGGAGGCGGGAGAGGUGCGGUUCUGCGGCCUCCUUCCGGGAAAAUCCACACUUGGCCCUUUUGUGGGAAUCCUGCUGGACAAUCCUGUGGGGUCAUGGGAUGGCUGGUUUAAGGAUGAGCAGCUGUGCUCCAUGCCCACCCCCCAGCACGGCCUCCUCCUCCCCGUCUCCAAGGUCUCCAAGGUGUCUCCAGAACCAAGAACUCAGCAUCACCCCCGACCCACCCCCAACCUCAAACACACCCGUAACCCUCCAGCCCCACUGGUGAACAAACCACAAGCCCCGCCCUCCCCUACAACCAUAGACCAAUCCCGAUGUCCACCUCGUCCGCCAGGCCCUCUGUCUCCCUCCAGGUGUCGGGGAGAGGUGGGGGGUGACCAGGAAGAGCAGGCGGGGCUGGAGGCGGGGCCGGAGGCGGGGCUGGAGGUGGGGUCCAUGGUGGAGGUGAAUGACCCGCCCCUGUUUGGGGUGAUCCGCUGGAUCGGACAGAUCAGUGGCAUCGCAGAGCCAGUGGCCGGAUUAGAGCUGGACCAGGAGCUCACUGCGGCAACGGAUGGCAGCUACCUUGGUGAACGUCAUUUCCGUUGCCCUGCCAACAAGGGCCUGUUCGUCAAGCUGCGGAACUGCAGACGGGACUCCAGGUUCCCUGCCCCAGAAGCACCAACCAAUCAGGUGGAGCGCUGCAACUCCAUAGCGUUUGCGGAGUGGGGCAGCGAGAGGGUGGAUGAGAACACCCCACCGGUGUACGGAGAGGAGGCACGUGAGCUCUACAGUGGCCGCAAGCGGGGGAUACAGGGACACCUCAACUCCUGCUACCUGGACGCCUCACUCUUCAGCCUCUUCUCUUGCUGCAGCUCUGUAGAUUGGGUCAUGUUGUGUCCGUCGGGACCAGACGACGGCCCACAUCGCAGCCACGCCCAGGACCUGCUGCGCUGUGAGAUUGUGAACCCCCUGCGCAGGUAUGGGUAUGUGUGUGCCAGUAAGACCAUGGCUCUACGAAGAAUUUUGGAGGCAGAGAGCAGUGACACAGGCUUCACCAGCCAAGAGAAAGAUCCUGAAGAAUUUCUCAAUAACCUCUUCCAGCUGCUUAAAGUGGAGUCACUGCUCAAGAUCAGAUCAGUGAAUCUGCAGACUCAGGAGUGUCAUCUGUACCAGCUGUUCCCUCCGGCUGCCCCUUCCCCACCCUCCCCCACGGUGGCCUCCCCCCCCAGCUCCCCCCCGCUGCUCCCCCCCUCCCCGAACGCCCGCCUGAGGGUGGCCAGCGUGCAGACCCUGCUGGAGACCUCCUUCCUCCACACGGGGUUAAAGUUCGCCGAGGCACCCUCCUGUCUCCCGCUGUUAAUGCCCAGGUUUGGAAAAGAAUACAAGAUGUUUGACGCCAUCCUGCCCUCUCUGUCUCUGGACAUCACAGACCUGCUAGAUGACACCCUCAGACAGUGCAGUAUCUGCCAGUCAGUGGCAGAGUGGGAAUGCGCUCAGUGCUAUGAGGACCGUGACAUCACUCCUGGCUGUCUCAAACAGUACUGUCACAUCUGUAACACGCAGGUUCACACCCACAGGAAACGCCUUUCGCACAAACCUGUGCGCGUAGGCGUGCCAGGGGGGCCGUGGGCGGGGCCAGUACAAGGCGCUCGGCAGCAGUUGGCUCUUUUCGCUGUGACGUGCAUCCAGACCAGCCACUACGUUAGCUUUGUGAAGCACGGGCCCCUCCCCACCGACUGGCUGCUCUUCGACAGCAUGGCUGACAGGGAAGGUGGGGAGAAUGGAUUCAACGUGCCCCAGGUGAGGAUGUGCCCGGAGGUGAGCCGCUACCUGAGUCUUUCUGUGGAGGAGCUUGGGAGACUGGACCCCGCCUCUCUCCCCGGCCCCGCCCGGCGACUGCUCUGCGACGCCCACAUGUGCCUUUACCACUCUCCCCAGCUCAGCCUCUAUAAGUGACACACACAC